UUAAUAACAAUCCAACAGUCCAUUUGGGACAACAAUGGACACAAAAUGAAAUAGCUAUUUUGUUAAGGCAUGUUCUUUAUCGAAGAAUAAACCCUCAAAAACUUCAAGAUUUGGGUUUAAGAAGAUCACCUCAUGCUAUUUCAUCAAAAUGGCAAUUAAUAAAAAGAGAAAUAUUAAACAAUUAUUU